AUGGGUCUGGCAGAAAAUGACGAGUGCAGAUUCUGUGGGGAGGAAGAGAAAACUCCGAAUCACCUGGUGACAGAAUGCCUAAAUUCCUUGCCAUCACUAGCCAAUGAAAAAUCUGUUUUGGACAAGAAACUUAUAGAAGCGAGCUAUAGAUUACGUUAUGGCGAGAAUAGCUUUGAUAGGGGGCAGAACAAAUCGUUAGAAUUGGAUCUGGAUUUUUUGGAAAAGAAAUAUAAUGCAGGACCCAACAGUGACAUCGGAAGUCCAAGAAGUCCCAUCGAAAUCAGUCCAGACUCCAUUGAUAGGAUUAAGGUCGUUUUACUUGGGGCAUCAGCCGUUGGCAAGACCAGUAUAAUUCAGCAAUUCGUUUGGAAUGAUUUCUACGAGGAGUACAUUCCAACAGAAAAAAAACACACCUACUACCCUUCGGUAAUAACUAACGAUAGACUAUACGAGAUCAAAAUAUCGGAUAUUCCUGUUAUUCCUUAUUUUCCAGUCAAUUCCUACUACGAAUGGACGAAUUACAGAUACUAUGGUCUGAGAAGCUCGUCAGCGUAUAUUCUAGUGUUCGACCUCUCAAACAUAGAAACUUUCCAGUACAUAAAGAACAUCAGAGAACAAAUAUGUGAGUCCAGGAACAUGACUAACGUCCCAAUCCUAGUAGUCGGUAACAAGCAGGAUCUAGUAACCGCUGAAGAAGGUCACAGUAGCGGAGGUAAACUGGCUAUAAGUAGUGGUGUGGAAGAAAAAAGGAGGGACAUCAUUAACCUGGUGAAGAAACAUUGGAAGUCCGGGUACAUUGAAUGCAGCGCCAAGUACAAUUGGAAAGUGAUAGCAGUGUUCAAGGAGUUGAUCAAUAUGAUUGAUCAUUUAGAUUCUAGGGAUCAAAGUCCCAUGUUAGAUAAUAUACAGGAUGCUUUGGAUAGGAAUAAAUGUACAAUUUUGUAGAGGUGUCAUGGAAGACUAUCUUCAUUGUUUCGCAGAAAUAUACUUUUAAGUUUUCAACCACAAAUAACUUGGAAGAAAAACCUAAAAGUACAUUCUACUUUCCAUAAUCUGUUUUUCCAAGGAAAGAUUGUUCUCAGCAAUAAUAAUAAACUGACAAUCUUGGUAAAUUAUUCUAUGCAGGUUGUCCAAACUCAUUGUUAUUUUGGUUGUCCCAAUUAUUCAAAGUAUUCAGAGAAAACAAAUUUUGUUCAUAAAACUAUGUUGCCAAGGUGAAAAAAUAAAUAAGUUGAAGACAAUCGUAGCAAAUAUUUUUUCAAUAUAUUAUGACAAGUUUUUUCAUCUUAGCUUUAUAUUACUGGAUAUUUAUAUAAUGUUUUUUGUGCUUGAACUGUUAUAUCUUAAAUUUGUUAUAGAAUUAAAAAUUGCUACAUGAACGUAAAAAGGUUGUGAAAACUCGUUGUUAUGUAUUUCCGAAUGUAGAGUUAAAUAAAUGAUUUAUAUAAUUGUUGUUUCAUAUACUAUUAUUAUAUUUACCGAAAUGAAACAACAUCAAACUGAA